ACCCAGGACAGCCCCUUAGAUGCAGCGGCGUCGAGAGGCCGCUGGAGCUCCCAGCCCCCUCCCUCUUCUCCAGGUCUGGGAAAGCAGCUUGCUGACCCCUCCAGACCCGAAAGAGAGAGGGGGCGACUCGAAUCCGGACAGCGAUCCUGGGAGACCCUGGAGAGUCCUGGGCGCCACGCAGCCGAGCCCCCGAAAUAGAUCCCGGUUCCGGGGUUCCGGGAGCUGUCCAGCCUCGCGGGGUGAGCUACGAGAGGGUGGGCCAACGCCGGCGAGGCGGAGGGAGCCGCGGGCGCCAGGCGCGGCUGUCCUGAAUCCCCACGAGGCCCUGGCUCAGCCUCUUCCCACCACAGGCACACCGGGGUCAGAAGGGGGGACGGUGAAGAACUAUGAGACAGCUGUCCAAUUUUGCUGGAAUCAUUAUAAGGAUCAAAUGGAUUCUAUCGAAAAGGAUUGGUGUGACUGGGCCAUGAUUAGCAGGCCUUAUAGCACCCUGCGAGAUUGCCUGGAGCAGUUUGCAGAGUUGUUUGACCUGGGCUUCCCCAAUCCCUUGGCAGAGAGGAUCAUCUUUGAGACUCACCAGAUCCACUUUGCCAACUGCUCCCUGGUGCAGCCCACCUUCUCCGACCCCCCAGAGGAUGUACUCCUGGCCAUGAUCAUAGCCCCCAUCUGCCUCAUCCCCUUCCUCAUCACUCUUGUAGUAUGGAGGAGUAAAGACAGUGAGGCCCAGGCCUAGGGGGCCACGAGCUUCUCAACAACCAUGUUACUCCACUUCCCCACCCCCACCAGGCCUCCCUCCUCCCCUCCUACUCCCUUUUCUCACUCUCAUCCCCACCACAGAUCCCUGGAUUGCUGGGAAUGGAAGCCGGGUGGGGUCAUGGCACAAGUUCUGUAAUCUUCAAAAUAAAACUUUUUUUUUGUACAA